UGGUUGCUGGCCUGGGGCAGUAGACUGGCCUUUUCGUUCCAUACUGUUCUCUGAGAAGAGUUUCAUGUCAGGGAUAUCUGGUUACAGGCUGUAAGCGUUUAUACUUUUGUUUUUGAGACACUUGAAACUUAAAAUUAUCUCUGAAAAAAGCAGCAACAAAAUUUUCAGCCAGUCAUGGGCGCCCCGCCUGAAAAAGAUGGCUGCUGUAAAACAAUCACCAAGUUUCUGUUCUCCCACAUCGGCCUGUGUUUGAUGGUUGUCCUGUACUGUGUGGCUGGUGGCUUCAUCUUUGAACAUCUAGAGAAGAACAACGAGGAACAAAUCUGUUACGAGUCGAGGUCGGAGUACGAGCCCAUGCAGAGUAAAACAAUCAACUCAACGCUUAAAAUAUUCUAUGAAUACGGAGGUGCCAUUACAAACGAACAGACAAGAGAUCUGAUGGUGCUACAACUGGAAAGUGUGCUAGAGACUUUCAGAAACAACACUUUAGCCAUUGGCUACAACGGCAGGUGGUGUCAGCUGUAUGGUCAACCUAACGGUCCAACGUAUGAUUGGUCAUGGGCUGGGGCAGUGCUCUUUUCUGUCACUGUUGUCACUACUAUAGGCUACGGCCACAUCGCACCAAAGACAGUUUGGGGCCGCCUGGUUUGUAUUGCCUACGCAGUUCUUGGGAUUCCCCUGAUGCUCCUUUGUCUGGCCAACAUUGGUGACGCACUGGCCGAUAUCUUUCGAUUUAUCUACGCCAAAAUUUGUUGCUGUGGAGCUUGUAGAAAGAAGAAAGAUAAGGACAAGGUCACACCUAUCAAACAUUCAGAAAGUGGUGGACAAUGGGACAAUGAUAAAAAGGCUCUUACAGAGAUGACAGGGCCUCAAAUAGCUCCACUGGAUACCAAUUUCACUCGUGUACCUUCCAAAUCUCCAACAGACAGUAUGGAUAUGAGUGACACCAGACGUCUGACGUCUGCUGGCUCUAGAAGUGGAGGAAAAAAUAAAGUUCAGAUAGUUCCACUUGACCUGAAGAAGAAUGACCCAGUUAUCUUGGAUGACGACUCUGACAGCGAUGAGGAAGAUGAAGACAUGGAAAACAGAAAGGUCACCGUGCCCUUAACCAUCACCAUGAUUGUCAUAGGCGGCUACAUCUUUGGAGGGGCGGUGUUGUUUGGUCUGUGGGAGGGAUGGGACUGGCUCCAGUCUGCUUACUUCUGCUUCAUCACACUCAGCACCAUCGGGUUCGGUGACGUAGUGCCAGGGAGAGACUUUGACAACCCCCAAGUACAAGCACAGCUGAUGCUUGGAAGUAUCUACAUUCUGUUUGGUAUGGCCAUCUUGUCGAUGUGUUUCUCUCUGAUGCAGGAAGAAAUUUUAGCUAAAGCCAGAUGGAUCGGUCAGAAACUUGGGAUAGUUGAAAAAGAAGCCGAAGACUAAAUACAUUAAACAACAAAAUACAGCGGCAAGGGUGGGAGACUUUGGUUGCCUUGACUGUAAUGCACCCAGACGUACACUUAGUCAGUUGAAAUGUUUGUAUAAAAACGAAUUGUUUUUGAUAUUUCAUUCUCGAGUCAUGUAUAAUAUCUUUGUUAUUUCAUACUUCAGUCAUGUAUAAUACUUUUCUGUUUGUUUUUAAAAACUUUUCAAGAAUAUUUUAAAUAUUUUUUUUUCUGUAAAAAUCAUUUUGGUUUCUACUCUCACAAAGAACAUUGUUCUUGAUGCAUUUUUUGCUUAAAUUGAAGAGAGAAUUUUUUUUAACCAAAUACAAUGAAGGGGAAAUACUUUAAAAAGUAUUUAACUACAUUUAAAUAUCACAGUAUUUGUGGAGUUUGUCUUUUGUUAAAUAUAUUGAGAUAUUACAUCACGUGAUUGCAAUACCAUUUUCUCCAUUCAGUGUAAAGAUUAAACAAAUAAAUGAUUUGUGAAUAAACAAAUUAAUGGCAAUCACAAUGCAAAUUAAAUUAAGACGCUGAAAUAAAAUAUUGAAAAUGCAAAAUGAAAUACAAAAACAAAUAUAUGCAAAGCAACUAAAAAGAAAGAAUUCAGUUCUUGUUCAAGUUGCAUAUUCUAUUACUGACUGAUAUGUCUGUACUCUGUACAAUACGCUGUUAUGCAUAUGUUCAAAAAGUAUUAAAGGGAGAUGCCGAUAUAAAUGAAUUCAAAUAUAAGUAUAAGGGAUAUUCUCAUUUGUUCCACUCUACUCCUUUCUACUCAAUGUAGUUAGUUUUCAACGAGCUCUAACCAAUAGAUAAACAGAUUGGCGUUGCACUAACUAAAAUAGAAACUAGUAAUGUUCAUUGUUUGUACCAGUAUAAUGUAGGCUACUUCCGAUCACAUCUGUUGAUACACAGGUUUAAAUAUUUACAAGUUUUGAUUUUUUU